AUGGCAAUGGGUCGCAUAGAUGACAUGUGCCAGGAGGUUGGCACAGAAAGUGUCUGCAAUAUUGCUGUUCCUGAAAAACAGAAAAAAAAACAUUUAUUAGCGCUUUUUUGGCAUUUCCGCCCCACUGUGCGGCGUACUGGCACACGAGCUCCGCACAGCAUUCUCAAAAAUGGCGACCGCAUCACCAUCCCCGCAUCCCAUCUCCGUGACGUCAUCGAUGACGUCACCCCCGGCGGAGGCGCAGGAGCGGGGCGAUCGUCCGGGCGAGCUCCCGAAGCCAAGAUGGCGGACGCCUCCCGGAACUCCCGCCAGCGCUGCUACCUGUGCGAUCUCCCGCGGACCCCCUGGGCCAUGCUGCUCGAUUACACGGAGCCCGUGUGCCGGGGCUGCCUCAACUACGAGGGGGCGGACCGCAUCGAGGGGGUGAUCGAGGGCGCCCGAAGGCUCAAGCGCCUCUGCGGCCAAGAGGGGGGCGGCCCCCGGCCGAAGCAGCAGAAUCCGCCGGAGCCCCGGCCGCCCAAGCCGACGAAGCGCCCCGCGACGGAAGAGCGCCCCGCUCUGGUGCGGGGAGAGAGUUUGCCCGUCUGCGACUCGAGGUACAGGAAGGAUUCCCUGGGACGAGUAUACUCGUUCGACGCCGCGUCUACUUCCAUGAAAUCAGGAUUUGCUACCAUAUCCAGCACACCAUCAGUCAUCGACAGCGUCGUAGAACACGGAAGCUUGUCCAGUUCAACCCCCAGUCCUCCCCAGCAACGGAACAAGGAGAGCAACACCCCAUGUCUCAAGUGCAGUUUGUGUCAACAAAGGCUAGAGGACACUCACUUCGUGCAGUGCCCCUCGGUUUCUGGGCACAAAUUCUGCUUCCCCUGCUCGAGAAACAGUAUCAAAGAGCAGGGGUCAUCUAACGAAGUCUACUGUCCCAGUGGGGACAAGUGUCCCCUUUUAGGUUCAGACGUGCCGUGGGCGUUCAUGCAGGGCGAAAUUGCCACCAUCUUGGGAGAAGAGCACAAAAUCAAGAAAGAAAGGGAGACCUGAGCUCCAUCGGAGCAUGUCUGAAUGAAUUGUAAUCGAUUACAGAAUCGAACCAUCAACCCAAUUUAAUGU